AUGAAAGCAUGCCUUGCAAAAGGAUAUCCAUUUAUAUUUCUCUUACGUCCAUAUGCUGCAGUCUCGCGAGCGAGACUAGAUGGUAUUGUAGGAAUGCCAACACCACAUGAUUUAGCAGCACAAAAACAGAUAGGACAUACAAUGCUAGCUGUAGGUUAUGAUAAUAGCCAACAACGCUUUAUCGUUCGAAACUCCUGGGGACCAAAUUGGGGUAAAGCUGGAUAUUGUUAUAUUCCGUAUCAAUAUAUGAUUAAUCCUAAAUAUUGUCUUUCGGCAUGGGUUAUUGGUGAAGUGGAUACAACUAAUUUAGGUUCUGAACAUUGGAAUAAAAAUGAUCUAUUUGGUAAUGUUCAAUGUCGAGUUUAUCGCUCACGUAGAGCUGGUGCCUCAGGUGGAAAUGAUGUCGAAGGUGGAGGUAGUGGCUCAGGUGGAGAUGAUGCCGCAGCUGAAGAUGAUGCUGCAGCUGGAGAUGAUGCUGCAGCUGGAGAUGAUGCUGCAGCUGGAGAUGAUGCUGCAGCUGGAGAUAAUGCCGCAGGUCAAGGUGACUCCGAAGAUGUAAAUGAUCCUGCAGAUCAAGAUGAUUUCAUAGAGGCAGAUGAUGAGAUACUAGAUGACGACGUAGACGACUCUGAACUUUUUGAAGAUGAAGAAGAUGCAGAGGACGGAGAAGAAGAAAUCGAAGAACAAGAAAACGAUGAAGAAGACGAUGGUCAAGACGACGACGAAUAA